CUGCUUUUCGUCCAUGUACUACACUCCUUGUUCUACUUACUACUCCACUGGUGUACCUCACCCUUAACGUAAUCCUCCCCAUUCGGACAAGUGCCUAGACAGUACUAAACUCUUAAAACUGAUUAACUUUGUGGCUGUCACUUCUAAAAAUACAGUACUAUGUCGGCAAAACCUCAAAAUGGUCCUCCUCAAGCACCUAACGAAGAAGCAGUGAAAUUACGGAAAACUGCAAUCGCUCUCACGGAGCUUAUAAAGUCGCAGAAGGACAUUAAGAUAAAGCCUGCUGUCCUGAAUGGAAAAAGAACUACUUACUUUCGUGUAAAGCGUGCUUUGCGGUACCUUAUGUCAGAUGCUUAUGACAAAAAACGCGGCAAGGAUUUACCAGUUGUCAAAAACCGUGAGGAGGCGGUUAAUGUUCUGAAGCUCUUAAUUAUGAAUUCAAUGAUUGUCCGUGUGGAAAAGCUUCCAGCAAAACACAAAAAACAGCCACUUGUCGAACUUCAAAUAAAUCGAAACCAGGAUUUUCAGGAUGACAUGCACUAUGUCAUUUUGUACGAAAGACUCCAAAAACGUGCUGUUUUUGGAGCCCUGGCAUUAGUGCUUAUUGUUCUUGCACUCAUUUUCUAUCCUCUUUGGCCUACAUCUAUGCGUAAAGGCGCCUACUACAUGAGCAUGGUCGCAAUCGGAUUCAUCCUUUCGUUUGUUGGACUGGUUAUUGUCCGUUUCAUCCUCUUUUGCAUUUCAUGCGUUAUUGUUUCCCCCGGUAUCUGGUUGUUUCCCAAUUUGCUUGCUGACGUUGGUUUCGUUGACAGCUUCAAGCCUCUCUGGUGCUGGAAUGAGAAACCAGGCAAGAAGUCUAAAAAGCAUGCUAAAGCUAAGAAAUCCGUUAAACCAAGUGAUACGAAAAUAGAGGCCUCGGAGUCUGUCUCUACUGCCAUUCCAACUCCUGCCCAGCCAAAGUAUCGUGGACCGACUAUUGAAGAGGUUGAGGAAGAGUAAUGUAUAUCCUGUAAAAUAGCUUACAAAUUUAAUUCUUCUACUUACAUCAAUUGGUGACCUAUUACCAAGUCCAUUUUCUAGUGUGAACGCUCAACUUUGACUUCUGCUUACUUGCA